AUGGAGACUCCAACAACUGUCCAGAAUCGAUUCGGCGACGCGUGUGCCAGCGCUGACGGAAUCACGUUCAAGGCGGGGGUGAAUACGGGUACAAUCAACAUAAAAGGUGGGUGUCUUCUCUCCUCAGCCGAAAAACUCAUUUCCGUACUGAUCGUUGUCAAAUUUUCAGAGAGGCCCAGAAAUAUCCCUUUCCCGAAAGCGGCCUACGAUGCCACGUUUGAUGCUGCGAAAAAGGAGCAUGUGGCAAGUUGUCUACCUGGCACGCGUGUCGAGGUUCUGAAAGAAAUACAAAAAUGGAUGGAUGGUGACAAUCCCAAAAAGCUAUAUUGGCUGAAUGGAAUGGCGGAAAAGUGUUCGUCUGGGAGCGAGCUUUUUCUUCUCAAGGGUGGUGGUGAUCUUGCUUCCGCUAGCAGAUUCGCUUCGACGAUUGCCAUUCAACUCUGUGAGGUCUCAGCCGAGAUGCGAGGGCUUAUUGAGAAGGUGGUUGAUGAUAACCCUCGCCUCGACAGCUUGAAUGUACAGGAACAGUGGGAUAAGCUGAUCAUUCAACCAAUAUCCGAGUUUUACCAACAUGCUCUGACAGGCUCGAUUGGUCUCCUGCUUGUGAUUGAUGCGUUAGACGAAUGCAAUAAUACCGAGGAUGUCAACGUCCUGAUUCGAUGUCUUGAGAGGGUGACCCAGAUCGAGGGUGCGAAUUGCCGCGUUUUUCUCACUAGCAGACCCGACCAACCCAUCAAAGCCGGACUAGGUAGUAGUACUUCUGUGCCCAGGGAAAGCUUCAUUCUUCACAAUAUCGAAAAAUCAAUUUUGUAUGAAGACCUAGGGCUCUAUUACAGAGACCAGUUUACCCGUAUGAGAGCGACAAUGUCUUUUCAAGAGGACGUCAUUUCCGACAGCCUGAUAGCCAGUCUCGUUGAGAGAUCACAUGGACUAUUCAUCCAUGCAGCCACAGUCUGCCGAUUUAAUCGGAGAAAGCCAACAGCGCAGAUCAAGAACUGGAUAAGAUGUAUUCAACGGUCCUUGAAUACUCUUUCGUCUUUCGUCUCUGUGACAGAUGGCCUUUCUCUGGAGGAGACAAGAAAAAUCCACGAACUGUUUCAGCGUAUCAUUGGAGCAAUAAUUACGAUAUCUGACGCCAUGAGCUCAGAGAACCUGGCCCUGCUUCUUGGAGAGAAAAGGGAGAGGAUAGACACGACAUUGGGUUAUCUCCAUUCAGUCAUCGAUGUGCCAGAAAGCAAACAGGAACUGAUCCGAAUCCUGCACCCAUCAUUCCGCGAACUUUUGCUAGAUAACAAACGUUGUACCAACAAAUCGUACUCCAUUCUUGGGGAGGAAAUCCACGGCUAUCUUCUGAACCGUUGUUUUGACUUUUUGAUCUCCCAGCUGCGGCGAAACCCGCUUCAUAUCUCACAGCCAGGUGCGAAGGCGCGGGACGCAUCAAUCGACAGAAUCAACACGUGGAUUUCAAUACCUCUUCAAUAUUCCUCAAAAUACUGGUGGAAUCACUUUGAAAAUAGCAGUGACAAGUGGCGAGCAAACGUCCCCCUAUUGGAGCUUUUGCAAGACAAGUAUCUUUACUGGCUCGAAUGUCUCGCAUGGCUCGGAAAGCUACCGCAGGGGAAGUCAACCACGUUGAUAUCGUCCAAGCAUUGGAAACAGAAGACUGAGUCACUUCUCCGGUCAUCUAUUUCUGACGGAUUGUAUUUUCUCUUGAGCAGUAGAAUUAUGAUAGAAGGAGCACCUUUGCAGCUCUAUGUUUCGGUCUUGCUAUUCACCCCAAUGCUAAGCGAUGUGAGAAUUACGAACUACAAAGAGGUACCCAAGUGGAUUCUAAACAAACCUUCCACCCGCGAGAAAUGGGGCGAGUCAGAUGAUAUCUUAUCAAUUCACCAUUCGUCCCGAGUUCGCUCAAUUGCUGUCUCUUCGGACAUUACUCUGAUUGCCACAGCGUGCGAUGACCGUAUGGUACACAUAUGGGAUGCAACGAACGGAACAGAGAGGUUAGCACUUCAGGGCAAUACCAUGAGCUGGGCAAGUGUAUCAUUCUCACCAGAUGGGUGUAUUGUUGCGUCUCUCGUCAACAAUACUGUGUCGAUGUGGAACAUUCGAGGAGUCCUUGGCCGAAUACCACACCCAGACUUCCAAUUCCACCUCCAAAAUUCAGUUUCUCUAACCAAACCGAGUACCUACCCAAUGUGUGCCUUUUAUCCAGAUGGAAUACUAUUCGCAGCAGGCUCAUAUCCCCAUGACAUUUGGGUUUGGGAUAUGAGGUUCAAAUCCGCUGUCAAGUUCCACCUCCAAGCUGAACACAGCACCGAGAUCGGUGGGCUAUGCUUUUCACCAGAUGGGUCCCUAUUGAUAUCUGUCUCUCAAAUUACACUCGCACAUCCCAAACCAAAUUUCAAUAUCUGGGAUACAUGUACUGGGACUGAGAUUGGAAGUGAAGCUAAAAUUCCUGGAUCGAGUUCGGCGAGGCUCUUGUGCGGGACAAAGCACAUUACGAUUUCGUCUCCAACAUCAAAAGAGAAAAUGGGUCUGGUUCUUUGUGAUAUCCGUACGGGCGCAGAUUUCAGAAGUUUCCCGCUUGGGUUCUUCUUUCCCGACGAUGCACUGUUUAGGCCUCAAGAUGGCAAGCUUUUACUCGCAAAAUGCUCGCCCAAUCAGAUUUGGAUGUGGCCACCUGACGAAUUCAGAAAAACGUUCUUGUUCACGAGCGGUAAUCAUCCCAUCGAAAGCUUUGUGUUUUCUCCAAAUGGAAGAUUUAUCAUCGCGGUCAAAGCCCCCAACGAACUAGUAAUAUGGAAUAUUGAAGAUGUUGGACGUGAAUCACCUAAACUGGUGGAGAUGUAUCGACGCAUUCGCAACAUGGGACACUUUAUUAGAUCCCCGAAUGGAAAGCUACUCACAACCUGGAAAGAUAAUUCCAUCGCCGCGGUCUGGGAUACAAAUACCGGAAAGGAGAAAUGUCGCUUCGAAACACCCAUUAGUCUCACGUAUCCCAUAUUCUCUUCGGAUGGCAACGUCUUAGCGGUGCUGGUGGAUACAGGGAUUCACUUUUGGCACACAGAAACCGGGCAGAAAGGACAAAUACUGAGGACAAAUGACGAGCAAACACUUGGGACUGGAUGCUUUCAAGUAUCUGCCAAGGGUGAGAAAUUCAUUUAUAUUCCGCAAGAUACAUGGUCUCAACCUUUCUGUGAAUGUCAGAUCUGGGAUAUUCAUAACCACGGCAGAGUUUCCAACUCCACAGUACAGAUCACCUCCUGUGAAAAGCCUGGAGUUGCGCUGUCACCAAAUGCGCAGUUUUACGCUAUAUGGUGUGAAGAAUCAACUUUCAUCGAGAUCAGAUCAUUCUCGAGCAUUUCACUCCAACGCAGGACCUUCAAACAGUAUGGAACUAUGAUCACUUGA